UGUUCCACCCAGACUUGGCACUUUUCCUUUCUGGCUGGUGAGAGUUCACACACUGCAACAAUGCCUGCACCGGGUGUGUGUAUGAACAUCGUCAAUGCCCGUCAUAUGAAAGACGGCCGAGGGACCCGCGACAACCCUGAGCGGUUUCUCAACCAAGACUUUGAGCAGCUGAAACAGUACUGUCUCUUCAAACGGCUGAGGUACAUUGAUGACAUGUUCCCCCCUGACAGAAGGUCCAUUGGUGAAGGGAUACUGAGUCCUUCUGACCUGAAGCAAGUGGUGUGGCUGAGACCAGCAAAAAUUGUUCCCAAUCCAUAUUUUGAAGUUGAUGGGAUCUCCAGGUUUGACUUUGGUCAAGGCAUGGUUGGUAACUGCUGGUUUCUUGCAUCUAUCGGAGCUCUAACUUUCCAGACUGACAUCCUUCAGCAAGUUGUUCCUCUCGAUCAAAAAUUUGAUGAGAACUACUGCGGGCUGUUCCACUUCAGGUUCUGGAGAUUUGGAAGCUGGGUGGAUGUUGUCAUUGAUGACAAGCUACCAACAGUUGAUGGCAGACUUAUCUUUGUUAGGUCCAAAAACCCAGCUGAGUUCUGGCCUGCUCUGCUGGAGAAAGCCUAUGCCAAAGUGUGUGGUUCCUAUGCGGACAUGAGUGCUGGAACUCCUGCUGAGGCUUUGACGGACUUCACCGGUGGUGUUCACAUGUGUAUCAAUCUGCAAAACCCUCCCCCAGACCUGUGGGAACUGAUGUUUAGAGCUGGCAAAUCCAAGUCACUGAUGGGUUGUGGUACACCACAGGGGGAGACAUCUGCCAACACUGUGUUACCGAAUGGACUGGUCCAAGGACAUGCCUACACUGUUACGGGUUUGAAACAGAUGAUGAGCCGAGGGCAACUGGUGAACCUGGUGCGCCUGUGGAACCCCUGGGGCAGAGGGGAGUGGAAAGGAGACUGGAGUGAUGGGUCGCCUUUAUGGCAAACUGUGAGUCCUGAGGAUCGUGAGAUGUGCCUUGCAGUGAUUGACGAUGGGGAGUUUUGGAUGACCCUGGAAACCUUCACUAAGACCUUCUCCGAUCUUGACAUCUGCUGCCUGUGUCCUGACUUCAUUGAUGGAAGCUCUUCUUGCCACUGGAAGACCUCUUUCUACGAGGGCAGAUGGGUUGCAGGAAGGACUGCUGGAGGAUGCAUGAACAAUCCCGGCAGUUUUUGGACUAAUCCACAGUAUCGGGUCAGGAUUGAGGAAUUGCUUGAAGAAUGUUCUGAGGGACAUGAAGAGAAAAACAUGCUGGUGUCUCUCAUGCAAAAGCCUGACAAGAGAAACAGGCGCCUGGUCAAAAGUCUCCACAUUGGAUUAGCUGUGUUUGAGGUGACUGAAGAAUACAAGGCACAGAGGGGGAAGUUCGACGCCUCUUUCUUCAGCAAAAAUAACCCUGUAGCCCAAACGAAAACCUACAUGAAUGCACGUGAAGUGAUGGAGUUCCUUUUGCUCAAGCCUGGCGAGUACCUGAUUGUGCCGUCCACCUUCAGUCCAAAUGAGACAGCCUCCUUCAUCCUGACCAUCCUCUCCAAGUCAGAGACACAUGUCCAUGAGAAUUCUGGUGCCCAUGACCAUGAACAUGAGGAAGCUGAAGAGCCCAUGCAUAUUGAAAAUGGAGAGGAUAUCGAAGAUAAGAGGAUGUUGUUCCGCCAAUACUGUGACAAGGAUGACGAAGUGAAUGCUGAGCAGCUCCAGAAGCUUCUAAAUGAAAACUUCCUGAAAGGAGACUUGCAAUCUGGAGGCUUCAGCACUGACGCCUGUCGCAGCAUGGUUGCUCUGAUGGAUACAUCAAGUAGGCCCUCCGGCAAACUGAACGUUGACGAAUUUGUUCGUCUGUGGAACAAGAUCGUCAUAUACAAGGACAUUUUCUUCCGCAUUGAUGUUUCACAAACAGGAACACUGUCACUGAGUGAGCUGAGGAAUGCUAGCAUUGCUGCAGGAAAGAGGAUCAGUGAUAACAUGCUGAACUUGAUGGCUCUGCGCUACGGUGCCUCCUCAGGACACAUGUCACUGGAGAGCUUUAUCAGUCUCAUCCUUCGCUUCGACUGCAUGAGUGCAAUCUACAGGCAGUUGUCCGAUGGAAUGAACAUAAGCCUUCGUGAACCAGAGUGGAUGUACCUUACGAUGUACACUUAGCCUGGCAGAGAGGAUGAACUGCAGGAUUCAUUUGGAAUUACAGCAGCAGAAUAUGUAAAAGAAAAUAAAUGUGUGUUCUUGUGGAGAUGAGCUAUUAUAUGGUAUGAAACAACAGGGUAUUUACUUUGAACUUUGCUACUGAAAGGGGUCUAACAAAAACUGUCACUUCCCAGCAACUGGGAGGAACAUGCACUGUGUAGCAGAUGCAGGCUACCUUUUUUUUUUCUUAAAAUCACAAUGACAGUGUUAACUGUGCUUACCUGUUACAGACAGUACAGUGGCCAAAUUGUGCAUAGCAUGGAAUACAACAAAAUACAACAGUUUGGUCCUGUAUUUCAUGUGUGUUCUGUCAUUCUUAAGACCUUUACUUGGGGUGUGGCAAUUAAACGUAUAAUAUGUAGUUUUUCCACAUAAAAAUGUCUAAAAACGACUAAACCAAUAUUAUAUAUUUUGUUUAGUUGUGUACUUCGAUUAUCAGAAAUGUUUCCAACAAUUUUUCAAACCCAGAUAAAUAUUUAAUAUUAAUAAAAAUUACGGACUGUGUCAUAACUCCAGUUACCAUAGCCAUUAAAUGAAAGAGAAGAAGAAGAAGCAGACCAGAUGAGACGUCAGAGAAUGAACGUUACUAUUGCUAGGCUAAGCUAACUCGUCAUGGAUCAUGAUUAUGCAUUGACGGUUGCUGCACCUUCUGACACCGAAGCUGUCCCUGUAAACAAGCCGGUAAAACGGAAACAUACGGGUCAACCAAGCGAUCCCAGAAGAAUUUGGGAUAAGAAGAGAGCUAAAUCAAGGAUAAAUAUUGGUGUGGUGCUACACCGGCCAACGGACUCCACUUGCAUAAAGUGAAACAUAAAGUGAAUAUAACUUCAGUAAUAUGCCUUGUCCAUGAGCAUUUCUCUGCUGCUGAAGCUCGCUCUGCCAAAAAAACUGCCACGGUCGGUUUCAGGGAGUGAGGAAUGUCAGAUCUGUAUCUGUUAUAUGACUACAACUCCCAUGAUCCCACGCUACUUCGUGACGUCAUCUAACUGUCCAUCUGUUAUUGUUUUGGUUUGAGAUCCCUAGUGGCAGAAAAUUACAUAUUGCACAUUUAAAUGACACAAAAACGCAAAAUACUUUAGUGAGAAUAUUUUCUAUACAAACUAUUCAUACCAGCAGCGAUGUGAAUUAGCAAUAGUUGCAACACUUGUUUACUGUGACGGACUCAGGAUGUUGGAAGGGCAGGGGCGAAAAGGAAAAAAGAGCACCUACUGCAUGACAUGGGGCCCCAUUGGUGCACAAGAAGCUAGUGUGUCAUGUGUGGCGAAAUAGUCUUCGUCCUUGAUUCUUAAUUAAGAUUAUAUAGACAAUCCAGGCUAAAAGUACCACUCAAGAGGGCAGCCAAAAGGGCACAUCAGCUCGUUUUCAUCAUUCAAGAGGGCAGCUGAUAGGGCACAUCCUCUCAUUUUCGCCACUCAAGAGGGCACUUUAGCACAGCGUUUUCAACCGAGGCGGGAUCGGGGGGGCGGUUGCCCCCUCUGACCCCCCGUCAGAAGUGUCAGACCACCUUGUUUAACUACAUUUCUUUAACCAUUACAGUUACAGAAGAAAAUAAUAACAGAAUAUUUAUUGCAAUUGAUAACAGUUGCAAGGAAGUCAACUCAGAAGCGCAAGAUCAUCUUUAUUCGGUAUAUAGCCUAAGCUAUUGUAACAGUGGGAGUUAAUCUGGUACACUGAAUGUGUCGAGGUUGAAAGAAGUGAUGAAAUUUGCUGUCUUGGUUUCCGCUAUAGAGCCUCUCCGUUGUUGUUUUUAAUCCUAAUAAGUAGACGCAAUGUGAUUGGUUGAUGCCUUUGCAAAAGCUCAGAAACAUUGACCUUGUUCCAAAAAAUAGUAAAAAACAAUUUUUCUUUUCUCCCUGCAAAAUAUUUGCGUUCUGUGUGAGACUACUCAUAUUUUUUUUUUAAAAAAGCAGAUAUGGAGCACCGCCAUAUAAAAUCAAAAUUAGAUUAGACAAAAAUUGUGUCACAUCAACAAUUUGUGCAUUGUUACACCCCUAGUAAACGUAUUAAUAAAUACAAAUAGUAAUGUGAAAUUAUACUAUGAUACAUAUGGACUGAAUUACUGCAUGUUCUGUUUUACUGUAAGAUGGAUGUUUUAUUUUUCUUGCCAUGCUAGCAUUGGUCAGUUCUCCAUUAAAUAUCACAGUAACUAUUGGAUGGAUUGCCAUGAAAUUUGGUACACAUAGUCAUGGUGCUCAGAGGAUGUAGUUUACUGACUGUAGUGAUCCCCUGACUUGUUGCCGUAAAAUCAUAAAAUCUGGUCUAUUCACACAUUCAUUACCCCCCAAGGAUGAAGUGUAAUCACUUUGGCGAUCUCUAAACUUUUGAUCAAGUGCCAUCAUUAGGUAAGAAAAAUUAAUUUGUCCAAAACAGUAAAUCAUUCAUUCAUUAAUUCAUCUUCUAACCGCUUCAUCCUCUUGAGGGUCGCGGGGGGGCUGGAGCCUAUCCCAGCUGACAUCGGGCGAGAGGCAGGGUACACCCUGGACAGGUCGCCAGACUAUCACAGGGCUGACACAUAGAGACAAACAAUCAUUCACGCUCACAUUCACACCUACGGACAAUUUAGAGUCACCAAUUAACCUAGUCCCCAAUCUGCAUGUCUUUGGACUGUGGGAGGAAGCCGGAGUGCCCGGAGAGAACCCACGCUGACACGAGGAGAACAUGCAAACUCCGCACAGAAGGGCUCCCAUGCCCGGGAUUGAACCGGCAACCCUCUUGCUGUGAGGCGAGAGUGCUAGCCACCACACCACCGUGCCACAACAGUAAAUCACUUUUCAUAUAUUAAAUUAGUGCUAAUUGGUAAAUGUUAGCAUGCUAAUGUGCUAAACUAAGAUGGUGAUCAUGGUAAAUGGUACAGAGUGCUCCAGGAUGAUGUUUCCUGUAUGCCAAUGUAGACGUUAGCGUCGCCAUGGUGCCCCAGUCAAAAAGCCAAUGGGAUUUUUCCACUGGACUUCUGGAUUAUUGCAGGAAAUAAGUUAUGUGGAAAACAAAUGUUAAUGAUACUAACAUGUUUUGUUCAGCAAGAUAAUCUUCACAAAUGAAAAUAACUUUUAUGAUUUUUGAAGUGUAAAUGCCAGAAAUAUAAAGCUAAUAUUAUGCUUUAAACAAACAGUCGCAUGACUUAACAUUGUCCCCACAGCAUGGCUGUAAAGCUACAUUAGGCAUGAUGACCGUCUGUGGUCUCAAUUAGCCACUUGUUUACAACCACUUUUUUUAAGACACAAAAAAGCCUCAAAAUUCAUGAGUGGGGUAUUUACUGAUAUAUUUUAUGUUGUACAACAAAAUGUGAAAGCCUUUUAAGCUUGUGUUAACCACAGACCUUAUUUCAGGCCAUUCACUUUGAGAUAUAAGAAGCAGAAGCGUUAAAAUGCUAACUCAUUUCUGGGUUUUAGGACUCAUUCCUGGGGCACUCUAUACCUGCUAAAUAGCAUGCUAACACUAACAUAAUGAAUGUGUUAGCAUCAAGCCCCCAGGAACAGCGCUGGGUUUUCCCAAUCUAGCCAAAUUAACAAAGCGGCCAAAUGUGAAAUUACAACAUCUAGGACCAUGACGUGAUGUCAUGGGGCCCAAAAAGUGUUUUUCCAUUAGACUCACAUUGUGAAAGAGACAUCUGUAAAUAAGCUGAUUCAUUUUUUUAAGGGUCUCAACCCCUGUAAAAUAUUAUGUUUCACUGUUAGGAUUUGAUCUCUUCAGUCCGAUAUCAUUUUAAAAGUCUAGAAAAGAUGUACAAUUAGCAGUAAAUCAUUUUAUCCCCCUUCAAGAUAAUGGAGGGCUAAACUGGAAGUUAGCUGCUCGGUCUGCUGUAAGUCUCAAUUGUGCUUGCUCUGUUGGCUGCACAAUGGGGAAGAUCCGGGCAAUUUCGUACUAUAGAAAUCAAACUUUUAUGGUUUUGUGCACCACCUAACAACUUUAAUAGAAAUAAAAGGGCUCCUACCUUCAGCGCUGUAUCUAGUUCUAUGCAUACAUCCAUGUUUAGCAUGCUGACAUUAGCAUUUAGCUCAAAGCACCACUGUGUCCAAGUACAGCCACAAAAAGCUGCUAGCAUGGCUGUAGGCUUUCUGUCUUAUUAAGUCACUGUUGGGAUUCUUCUGUAUUUUAAGUGUGUUAAUGCAUUUUCUCAUUUAGGCUUGAAUAGACUUUUAUUUUAAUCACUUUGUACUUACAAAAUAAAGAUAUUAUCCAAA